UGAUGGCGGCGUCGUUGUCGUCGUUACUCCGAGGCAGGGCUCCCCGGCCCAACCGGUUCUUGCUGUGUCUGUACGCGGUGGGCUUUCUGUUUGCAACCUUUCUGGGUAGAGUAAUGCCAAUGGAGAUGUACAUCAUUGCUGUGGAAGAUAAUUGAAUGCAUAAUGCGUAGUAACGAUUUCUUUGGUGUCAGUAUGAUUGUUCCCUUGUUAAACCUUCAUGUGAAAUCUUUAGGAGCGAGUUCAACAAUCGCAGGCGUGGUAGGUUCUUUAUAUGGAAUACUCCAACUCUUUUCCAGCACCUUAGUGGGAUCUUGGAGUGAUCUAGUUGGAAGACCCCAUUGCCUACUUGUAUGCAUUCUCUUCAGUGCAUUAGGUUAUUUUGUGCUUAGUAUAUCCACCAGUGUGUUUUUAUUUGCCAUUGCUCGAACUUUUGUGGGCAUUUUCAAACAUACACAUUCCAUUUCCAAAGUACUCAUCUCUGACUUGGUUCCUAAGAAGGAGCGCCUCUUAGUAAUUGGAUAUUUCAAUGCAAUAUCGAAUUUUGGUUUCAUUUUGGGACCAGUUGUCGGAGGCUAUCUUACAGAGCUAGAGAGUGGCUUUUACCUGACCGCAUUCAUCUGUGCUUCCAUCUUUGUCUUGAAUGCUGGUGUUUUUUGGCUGAUGCUGCGGUGUGGAAAAAAGAGGCACAGUAGUGAAUGGACCCUUAUUAACAAGGCCAGAAGUGUUCUUUCAGCAGAAGUAAACCACAGCCUUCAGACUACAACUUCAGCUCACGAAGCCAUGCCGUCUAGCAGUCAUACGAACUCCUCUUGCAUUCAGGUCAUGUCUGUGCUGAAGAGGCUUGGCAGUGUUGCCAGUUCUAAUCUGUGGGAUGUUUUUCUGGUACGGCUCCUGAUGUCCGUUGCAGUUAUGCUCUAUCAUAGCAAUUUUGUCUUGGCACUUGAAGAAAGGUUUGGAAUGAAGCCCAGAUUCACUGGCUACCUAAUUAGCUAUAGUAGCACACUUGGAGUAGCUGCUGGCUUUCUGCUUGGACCUAUCACUAAGUGUUAUAGGCACAAUACCUAUGCUAUGUUAUUGCACUCUACUCUUCUUACCUGCCUGUUCAUGUUUCUGUAUUCUGUAUCAGAAAGCCUUUGGACAGUCAUUUUGUCUUGUACAUUUUUAGCAUUUUCAACCACUGUAGGACGUACCUGUGUUACUGAACUUGAACUAACCCUGGGUGGGGAUCAGGCCAGUGGUAUGCUCAUUGGCGUUGGUCAGUCUGUUUCAGCUGUGGGUCGCAUAAUUUCUCCUCUUCUCUCAGGCGUUGUGCAGGAAUAUAGUCCAUGUGGCCCACCAAUUCUUGGAAGCCUGUUGGGACUUUCAGCAGUUCUCAUCAUGGUCUUUAAUAAAUCACGAUAUUCUGUCACGAGGACCAUGAAAUUUAAAAGUAUGUAAUGACAGAGCAAUAAAAGUAUGUAAAACAGAGCAAUAACAUUUUAAAUCAAAUUGAAAUCCUUUAAACAGAGAAGGCCAUGUUUUCCGCUUCCUCACAUCUACCUAGAAUUUGGAGCAGGUUUUUUUGAUGGUGCACAAGCACAACCCAUAUUUCAAGUUGCUUUAUACAUCAGUAGAGAAAAUGGGAGAAGAGCUGCCAUCCCAGCAGAUAUUCACUCCCACUGAAUAAAGGUUUAGAAGAGAGUCUAAUUUUCUUAAUGGCAGCUUGGUUGUUGAGUUCAAUCCCCAAAGGAAUGAUCUAGUACUAAAAAAAUAGCAUUCAUUUCUCAAUCAGAAGCAUAGGUUUUGUUCAAAUGCUUCUAAAAUGAGUAUUGAAACUGAAAAGUAUUUUCUGUCAUUCAGUUAGCGAAAUUUUACCAAGUGAACUGAGCUGUUUUUAAAAGUAUAUCCUUAGGUCAGUGUUGUCCAAACUUGGCCACUUUAAGAUGAGUGGACUUCAACUCCCA